UUACGUGUUCCAGGUACACCGCCGAAAUAUGUUCUGGAGAAAUUGGUACAGGUUAAUAGUUCUACUGAUUGGAUUUUUGUGUCUUGCAUCACUUUGCUCUAAUUAUUUAAUUAUAAAUUUCACAUUUAUCUGUAUGAAACAUGAUUUAUCAGAUGGAUUCACGGAAAUUAACGGGACCAAAUACAGCAUUUACGACUAUACGAGUAAAGAUAAAACAUGGAUAAUAUGGUCGGUGGCAGCUGGGACCAUAAUUGGCACAAUACCCCUAAAUAUGAUGUAUGUCAAGUAUGGGGCAAGAAUUCCUUUUCUAAUUGCCGGACUAGUUUCGUGUAUUGCCACUGCUCUCAUACCAUUGUCGGCACAAUGGAAUUUCUUUUUUCUGAUAUUUUUGAGAUUUGUGCAGGGCUUCUGCUACUCUGCAGACUUUGCUGCAAUCGGCUUGAUGACAGUCCGGUGGGCUCCACUCUCAGAAACUGCACUUUUCGUGGCAGUUCUUACAUGCUUCAACGGAAUCGCCUCAACCUUCACAAACUUUGCCACAGGGCUCAUUUGUGAGAGCUCACUAGGCUGGAAAUGGGCAUAUUACGUUCACGCGAUAGUAGGAUUUGUGCUUUUUGGGCUGUGGCUUCUGGUUUAUAUUGAUCACCCGCAGGAGACUAAACGAGUGUCCCGGAAGGAGUUGCAGAAGAUUCAGAAGAAUAAGUCAGAGGCUCAUUUGAGCAAGAAAUGCGAUGUUCCUUAUAUGAAACUCGUAACUAGCCCGGUGAUUCUUUGUGUUUGGGCAAAUGCAUUUUUCGAGCUAACCGCUGCAAUAAUGUUCUCAACCUAUAUUCCACUAUAUUUACAUGAAGUUCUGAAAUUCGGAGUCACUGAAACUGGAUUUUAUGCGUCUUUAAUUCUUGGCAUAUCCUUGCCGGUUCGAUUUGUUUUCGCGCUUAUCAGUGAUAAGUUGAAAUUUGUCAGUGAAAUUUUCAAAAUCCACACUUUCAACACAAUUUCCGUCGGACUAUCCGGAUUGUUUUUUGCUUGUAUCGGAUUUAUUCCCAUGGAGAAUCGCGGGUGGUCGCUGUUUUUCUGCAUAAUGACAAUGUGCUGUAUUGGGGUGAAUUCUGGUGGUUUUUACAAAUCUGGAGUUCUACAUUCAAGACAAUUCUCGCACGUUGUUAUUACCGCGAUUCAAUGGAUGAAGUGUUUGGCUCUAUUUGUAGCGCCGGCUCUUGUUUCCAUUUUUGUCCACGAGGAGUCCAACAGGCUGCAAUGGAUUUGGGUAUUUCUGAUAGUUGGUGGCCUAAUGAUUAUUACAAAUAUUGUGGCAUUCUUCAUUUUAACCGAUAAGCCGGCGAGCUGGACGGGAAGUCUUGAAAGUGAAGAAUCACUAGAAAAAUUAUAAUUGGUUUAUAAUAUUAAAAAUACAUUCGGCAAUACGUGAUGUUUCAUAAUUUUGCCCAAUUUGUGUGUAAAAUGAUAGACCGA